AUGGAAGCUUUCAGCCUUCUCAAGUACUGGCGAGGUGGCGGCCUUGUUGCUUCCACCGCUCCUCCUCUAAACUCCCCCAAUGUCACCUCCGCCGCCGCCACCAUUCUCACCGCCGUGGCGGAGAACUGCGACGAGAGCCAUGCAACUGACGAAGACGACGACGACGGACCCUUCUUCGACUUGGAAUUCUCCGCACAAGAAGCCUCCGGGAGCAACGACAGCACCAGCAGCGGCGACGAGAGUGAUGAGGUGGAGGUGGAACAAGAUGGGGAAGACGACGAGUCUGAUGACGUCGACGGUGAAGAAGGGGAGUUUAACUUCGCUGUUUCUUCCGGGUCGAGCAAUGACCGCACCGACCCGAAUCUCACCAUGUCUCCAACGGAUGAUUUGUUCUUUAAAGGCAAGCUGGUGCCGAUUGAACCGGAUGUGUUCAACUCGGCCGAGCCCAACUCCAAGGCUCUGUUUUCCGAGUCGCUGCUCAAGUCCGCUACCAAGCUCCGGGUCUUCAUGAAGGGUCUCAAGAAGUCUAGGUCCAACUCCAACGGCCCGGAAAAGCCGGAGUCUACAAACGGAUCUCAACAAACUCCCCAACAAGAACAGCCUGAGAAGGUAGAGAAUAAGCAGGGGAAGCUUUUCACGGUGAAGUUGAAGGUGGAGGAAGUUCCCAUUGUGUCCUUGUUCACAAGAGACAACAGCUCAAGAAUCUCCACCAAAGCGGCCCAGAACAACAAGAGCCAGAUUUCUGAAGAAACCGCAGCUUCUGAGGAGAAGCGGUUUUCGAAAGAGGUAGUGCAGAAGUACUUGAAAAUGGUCAAGCCUCUCUACGUCCGCGUUUCGAAACGGAAGACGGUGAGCGGCCCGCAGCCGGCGGAGAAUAGCCAGGCGGAGGGGGAAGUGGUUACGGAAGCGGCGCCAGCAGCGAGCAAUGUGAGGAGUUUGAAGCAGGGGAAUAUUCCGGCGGGUUUGAGAGUGGUGUGCAAGCACUUGGGGAAGAGCCGCUCGGCUUCUUCGGCUGUAGCCGCGGCUCCUGCGGGAACUGUGCCGUCACAGAGGAGAGAUGAUUCGCUGCUGCAGCAGCAGGAUGGGAUCCAAAGCGCCAUUCUGCACUGCAAGCGGUCAUUCAAUGCUUCCAGAGAUUCCGAUUAUACUCCGCUAUCCCGGUCAGAGAGCGAUUCCUCCAACGAAAAUGCGUCACAAAAACCGUCGGAUCAAGGCCGAGAGGUUUGAUCCAACGGCUCUCAUCUCAGGCAUAAAAGGCGGGAAGAUUGGCCCAGAAAGAGGGGGAAAAGAAUCACCAAUCAACAGUCCAAGUCAACAUUGUGGGAUUGCAUUGUAAUCAUGCUCAAAUGAGAGGAAGCAAAAAAGAGGGUCCGUUUUCUUGUGGGUUGUAAAUGUUUUCAGAAACCCCAGGAAAAGAUUAAGUGUAGGAUGAAUCAGUUCUAGUUAGUACUUAGUAGUAGCGGAACUUAGUGACUAGGGUUUAUAUUAUUGUAAUGUCCUAUGUAGCCAGUGACUUGCUGUGGUUGUUAUAUAUAUAUUUAGCUUCUCC